CAGGUCAAAUUGUGGCUCACAGGAUGGAGGAUGUGAAAGCCAACAGCGUGCACAUCGCCUGGCAGAUCCCUCAGUACGUCCUCCUCACCAUAGGAGAGGUCAUGUUCUCCAUCACUGGCCUGGAGUUCUCCUACUCUCAGGCUCCGGCCAACAUGAAGUCUGUGCUGCAGGCUGGCUGGCUGCUCACCGUGGCGUUCGGAAACGUGAUCGUGCUGAUCGUGGCCGAGGGAGCGGGACUGGAGCAGUGGAAAGAGUUCCUGCUGUUUGCCGGGCUGCUGCUGGGCGUCUGCAUCAUCUUCUCCAUCAUGGCGAACUUCUACACCUACGUCGACCCCGACCAGCUGGACAAGACUCGCAUGGAGGACUCAGGGAGGGAGGACGAUGACGAGGACCACGUGAAGAAGAAGUCUAAUGACGUAAAGCUGAACAAAAGAGGAAAGAGCACCAGAUUGUAACGGUGCUGCUUUACAAACUCCAACUUUUAUCUGUAGCUGAUUUCAAAACGAUGGAUGAUUUAUGUGAACGUUUUUAUCUGUUAUAUUUUUUUAUUUUAAGUUACUUUUUUGUGUGGUAAUGAAGAUGUGAUCAGUGGACAUUUCUUGUGUUUAGAAGUAAUGUAUUUGUUUGUCACAACAUAUAAAAUAUUGUGUCAAAUAUUUUUUUUUAACAUCCAGUCACUUAAAAAUGUUUAACAGGAAAGUAUUUUCAUGAAAUAGUGUUUUUAAGGAGAAGUCCUGUGUGAUUUCCCGCACCGUGAUCAAUAGUGUUAUUAUAAAUGAAUGUCAAAUAUUAUGUUUAUAUUUGUUGUGUAUCGCUCCAUGAAGCUCAAUAAUAAUAAUGUCCUUUAACAGAGGUUCAGUUUACAUUGUGUGUUUGUAGCAAUGAUAUUUAAAGGACCAUUGCACCUGGUGGUUUUGCAUGUUUAGAGGCCUUUCAUUUCAAAUGCAGUCAGUAACCUUAGUGUUGAUGUGUCUCUUGCUGCCAUAAAAGUCAGAAACAAUCUUAAAUCAUGAUUAUGUUUAACUUUAAUGCGUCAAAAAUCAUCAUACAUUUUCCUUUUGCCUCUAUCACUGAUUAGAUUUUCUGAAACAAAGCUCAUCAGUGCCAAAUAUGAGAUGUGACAGCAUCUUUUUAACACAUUAAGGAAGUUCCUAGCUACUUGCACUAACACAUUACUAUAUUUAUCAUUAAAAAAACAUGCAAAACCAACAGUAUUGUCCUUAGAAAGACAAAAAAACAUGUGAUAUAGUUUUUGUUUUACUCUGGGAAUUGUUAAUUAUGCUGCUCCCUAUACAAAUCUGUAAAUAUAAUGUGAUGCUCAAGCUUUCUUUGCCUUUUGAAAUGUUAAAGAUUA